AUGAAAACUAAGAGAAUUAAAACAACAAAUUCUCUCAGAUUUUCUGUUUAUUUACCUGAUGAGUGUUGGGAACUUAUAUUCAAACACUUGCUCAUGAAUGAUAAAGACUACAAAUCUCUCUCCCUCGUCUCCAAACAAUUUCUCUCCAUCACCAACCGUCUUCGAUCCUCUCUCACUAUCAAAUCCAAUCUAACAACGGAACAAGCUCUCAAUCUCAUUCGAAGAUUCCCCAAACUCACCUCCCUCAACUUUAUUGGCCGUCGCGACCUCGAUUACAUUCUCCCCCAACUCGAUACCUUCCCAUUUAGACUCAAAUCACUCAAACUCUCCAAGAUAUCCACCAUUCCCGCUACUGGCUUACUAGAAUUCUCUAUAACUUCAACUUUAAACUCUCUCACAUGUUCCUACACUGAUUAUCUCCAUUCCUCUCACAUGUUCCUCAUUAGCGAUUGUUUUCCCGAGUUGCAUCGCAUUGAUUUGAGUCAUUGCAAACACAUAUAUCCAGACACUCUUCAUCUUCUUUUGAAGACAUGUCGUAAAAAUAUUACGCAUUUGAACUUAACUGCCUGUUCUAUUCUCACAGAAGAUAUGAUGAUGAACUUUCGAGUUCCUAAAUUGAAGGUGUUGAAUUUGUCACGUUCAACAGUUGACGAUCAAACACUCAAUGUUAUCACAAAGAGUUGUACUGGGAUUUUGAAACUGUCACUCAAACAUUGUGAUGAUGUCGGAAACAAGGGAGUGAAGUGUGUGCUACGAAACUGCAAAAAACUCAGAGAAAUCAAUUUGAAACAUUGUCCUAAAGUAUUUCAUGUUAAUGUUGACUCAAUGCUAUUAAGAAGGCCAUCAUUGAGAAAGAUAAAGCUUUCAUCUGGGGUGGCUUGGGUAGCUCCAUUGGUUUCAACUAAGAGUUAA